CCUUACAAUGCUCUCAGGAUCUAUGUCAUCAAAGGAAUGUGAAGAGUUGGAGGACUUUAUUGUGGAGGAUCCUCACAACUGUUCAGACCUACUGUUCUCCUGGCUCUACUCGGAGUAUUCAUCAGACCAUGAUUUUUCUCAGAUCAACAACAUAUUCACCAAAGCUCUAACAGCUGGAAACAAGAAAGAAAAAAGUUACUCGGAUAUUGUCAACAGUAUUGUGUUGAAAGUUUUAGCCAAAGAUCCAACCAAGGAGAGAGAUGAGUUUUUAUCCCGAUUGUUCUUGGAAUGCCCACAUGUCCCGGAGGACUUGAUCACCUCUCUUGUGCGAGUGGGAAGUCAAGGUGCAGAAUCUAUACUUGUCAUUGCCAAUAUAUUAAGAGACACAGCCCAGUGGCGACCACUGUCAGCUAAACCAGCUCUUAAAACUCUCUCUCUGCUUGCAACACAUGAUCAUGAAUCUGUGCGGGACCAGGUGACACCGAUUCUCCUCGAGUUGUGUGAUCAAGAAAGCCUUCGCGAUAUUGUAACAGAAGCUGCUGUCAAGUAUCUUAAAUACCUUUACCUAGAAGUGCCACCUGAGUCCCUGUGCACACACAAUUUAGGCAGACCUCAUCAACCCAGUGAAUGGACAGAAACAACAGUUAAAGCUUGUUUAUACCUAUAUCUUGCUUUACUUCCCCUUAAUCAGUCUCUGAUUCAUGAGUAAGUUUUAAGAAUCAGAAGUUAGUGUACUGUAUAUUAAUGUAAAAAAAAAUGGUUAAUUAGUUCCUUGGUUACCAGUGUUAGCUUACUUG